GCUACCAAUCGGAAACUGUGAUUAAGUAUUAACAUAAAAAAAUCACGGGAGUUAAACGGUAAAAUUGAUUCAGAACCAUAGAAUGAGAUUAUGAAUUUGCGUGACGUUCCUACGUCAUUUGUCACAUCGAGAAUUUCAGCUUCUUUGAAUCAAAUUACACGACAACCUAUUGGGGUUAAGACGGGGCUCUAUGGUAACUAUGAAAUCCUGAAGCGGCAGAGAAUCGCUGGAAUAGUCAGUCUGAAAAGCGAGUUUGUGCGCUGAAGUCUCCGGCCGACCUCGUAGACUGUACCUCUACUUCUUCGGAAACUGCGAUGAACUUUUCAGUGGUCGGACUUUGAUUUUUCGUUUUGAUACUAUAAAAUUUUUUCGAGUGUUUUUUGAAAAUAUUUUUUUUCGAAUAAAUGUUCGAUGAAAUAACUUGAACGAUGGCUUCUACAGGUGGCAAAAAAGGGGGGAAGGGACCCCCUAGAAUCGGCAACGAUAAAAAGGAUUCUAAUGAUACAGGAAGCAAUAAAGACCCAAAGGAAAAAGAAAGAGAAGAUGUUGUCAGCAACUCACCUGUCGAGGCAGAAGACGUACCAGCUCCUAAACCUCAAAGUGCUGGAGCGAGUGUUCGAGAUGCUGCUCAAAAAGUGCUCAAUCUCUGUCAGAAAGCAGAAUGGGGUCCGGUGGAGCAAGUGCUCAAAUCGAUGGAGAAGGCCCUUGCAAAUGCAGGAGAGGACGUUAUCAGCCUUCCACUUCUUGGCGUUAUCGACUUGGUAACGGGCAUGACACCUUUGAUGUAUGCCGUAAAGGACAACAGGACCUCCCUGGUAGACAGGAUGAUCGAAUUAGGAUCGGAUGUCGGCGCCAGGAACAACGAUAAUUAUAAUGUACUUCACAUAGCAUCAAUGCAUUCCCGAGAAGAUGUUGUCAAAUUACUUUUGACCAAAAAAGGUGUCGAUCCAUAUUCUACUGGAGGGAGUCGGAAUCAGACUGCUGUUCACUUGGUUGCAUCUAGACAAACUGGAACUGCCACCGCUAUUUUGAGGGCUCUUUUAACAACAGCAGGAAAGGAUAUCAGGUUGAAGGCUGACGGAAAAGGAAAAAUCCCUCUGUUACUAGCAGUUGAAGCUGGAAACCAAUCAAUGUGUCGUGAGUUACUUAGCGCCCAAACUUCAGAUCAGUUGAAGGCUACAUCUGCCAAUGGCGACACUGCUUUGCACUUGGCAGUCAGAAAGAAAGAUAUCGACAUGGUUCGAAUUCUGGUAGACUACGGUACUUCAGUCGACAUAAGAAAUGGUGAAGGUCAAACUCCACUCCACAUAGCAGCAGCUGAAGGUGACGAGAUAAUGGUGAAGUAUUUUUACGGGGUGAGAGCCUCAGCAAGCAUAACCGACAACCAAGACAGGACCCCUAUGCAUUUGGCUGCUGAAUAUGGACACGCUAACAUUAUAGAACUACUGGCUGAUAAGUUCAAAGCCAGUAUUCUGGAGAGGACCAAAGAUGGAUCAACGUUGAUGCACAUAGCAUCUCUGAACGGACAUGCAGAUUGCGCCAUGAUGCUCUUCAAGAAAGGCGUUUUUUUACAUAUGCCAAACAAGGACGGAGCUAGGAGUAUCCAUACUGCUGCUAGGUAUGGCCAUGUUGGAAUAAUCAAUACCCUUCUACAAAAAGGAGAAAAAGUUGACGUUACAACAAAGGAAAACUAUACAGCACUACACAUAGCUGUUGAAUCCUGUAAACCUAUAGUUGUGGAAACCCUACUUGGAUAUGGAGCUGACGUUCAUAUAAGAGGAGGUAAACUAAGAGAGACUGCUCUCCAUAUUGCUGCAAGGGUCAAAGAUGGUGAACGAUGUGCCUUGAUGUUACUAAAAUCUGGAGCUGGGCCAAAUAUCGUUACAGAUGAUGGCCAAACACCUGUUCACGUUGCAGCCCAGUAUGGAAACUUACAAACCCUACUCCUUCUUCUAGAAGAUGGUGGAGACCCCCAAUUCAAAAACAAGCUAGGAGAGACCCCACUUCAUCAUGCAGCAAGAGGCUGCCGCUCAGAUGUAGUUGAACACUUAAUCCAGUAUGUAAAAAACAAUAAAGGAGAUGAGGUUGCAACCGAUUACGUGAACGAAGUAAACGAGAAGUCUGAAAGUGCUCUACAUUACGUAUCAACAGUUAUGUCUGAAGAAGUAGAAAUACCAGACACAGAUAGAAAAACAUGUAUGGCUCUUUUACAAAGCGGUGCUGAUGUGAAUCUCGAAACUCCCCACCAAGAGACUGCUUUUCAUUACGUUGCAACUGCUGGAAAUAACAACGUGGUCAUGGAAAUGAUUGGGCAUAUGUCAAAUACAGAUAUACAGAAAGCCUUGAAUAAACAAGACGUUAGUGGGUGGACACCAUUGUUGAUAGCUUCUCACAAAGGUCAUGACCAAAUGGUGAAUAACCUGUUGGCGAACCACGCCAGAGUUGAUGUAUUCGAUAUCGAAGGUAGAUCGGCACUGCAUCUAGCUGCUGAACGUGGAUUUCUUCCUAUAUGCGACUCCCUAUUAACUCACAAGGCUUUCAUCAAUAGCAAGUCUAGAAAUGGGAGAACUGCUCUUCACCUGGCUGCCAUGAAUGGCCAUGUACAUCUUGUGAAGUUCCUCAUCAAAGAUCACCAUGCCGUGAUCGACAUUUUAACGUUGAAGAAACAGACACCUCUUCACUUAGGUGCAGCUGCUGGCCAAAUAGAAGUAUGCAAGCUUUUACUGGAACUAGGAGCUGAUAUUGACGCUACUGACGAACAGGGACAAAAGCCAAUCCAUGCAGCCUGCCGAAAUAACCAUUCAGAAGUUGCUAAGUUGUUCCUUCAGCAACAUCCCAGUUUAGUUAUGGCCAUGACGAAAGAUGGAAAUACCUGUGCUCAUAUUGCAGCUGCCCAGGGGAGUGUAACAGUUAUUGAGGAGUUGAUGAAAUUUGAUAGACAAGGAGUUAUAAAUGCUAGGAAUAAACUGACUGAUGCUACUCCUCUUCAGAUAGCCGCAGAAGGUGGUCAUGCGGAAGUUGUUAAAGCUUUGGUGAGAGCAAACGCUUCAGUAAAUGACGAGAACAAAGCAGGUUUCACUGCUGCUCACUUGGCUGCCAGGAAUGGACAUGGACAAGUAUUGGAAGUACUUCGUUCUUCUAACACACUAAAAAUCACUAGCAAAAAACUGGGAGUGACGCCAUUACACGUUGCGGCUUACUUCGGUCAAGCUGAUACUGUGAGAGAACUACUCACACACGUACCUGGUACUGUCAAGUCUGAAGUUCCAAGUGGUUCAUCGUUGGUUUCAAUUCUAGGGAACGAAUCAGGAAUGACACCUUUACAUUUAGCUGCUUUCUCUGGAAAUGAAAAUGUUGUUCGACUGUUAUUGAAUUCUGCAGGAGUCCAAGUUGAUGCAGCAAGUCGUGAAAAUGGAUACAACCCAAUGCAUCUUGCUUGUUAUGGUGGCCACGUCACAGUUGUUGGUCUUCUUCUUAGUAGAUCUGCUGAAUUACUUCAAAGUGUAGAUAAACAUGGCAAAACGGGAUUACAUAUUGCAGCUACUCAGGGACAUUAUCAGAUGGUGGAGGUGUUACUUGGCCAAGGUGCAGACAUCAACGCUUCAGAUAAAAAUGGCUGGACUCCAUUGCAUUGUGCUUCCAAGGCUGGUUGUACAGAUGUCGUUGUGUUGCUAACGGAAUCAGGAGCAUCUCCAAAAUCUGAAACAAAUCAAGGCGCAGUACCUAUUUGGUUUGCAGCAUCAGAAGGGCAUCACGAUGUCUUAGAAUAUCUCAUGACUAAAGAACACGACACCUACAUUUUAAUGGAUGAUAAGAAAUUUGUGUACAACCUGAUGGUCUGCUCGAAAAACCAUAAUAAUAAGCCAAUAGAAGAAUUCAUUCUUGUUUCGCCAGCACCAGUCGAUACAGCGGCGAAACUGUCAAAUAUUCUUAUCGUUUUAUCGAACAAAGAAAAAGAGAGAGCUAAAGAUCUCAUUGCAGCUGGGAAGUUUUGUGAAUAUAUGGCAACGGAACUUCUUGCUUUAGCUGCAGGUGCUGAUUCAGCUGGAAAGAUAUUGACAUCAACGGAUAGAAGAAAUAUUGAAUUUCUAGACGUACUAAUAGAAAAUGAACAGAAGGAGGUUAUUGCUCAUACUGUAGUGCAGAGAUAUUUGCAGGAACUGUGGAGAGGUGCGCUCAACUGGAGAGCUUGGAGGACUUUGCUACUCUUUGUAGUUUUUAUAUUCUGCCCACCAGUCUGGAUAGCCUUCACCCUUCCCCUGGGUCACAAAUAUAAUAAAGUACCAAUAAUCAAGUUUAUGUCAUACCUAACAUCACAUAUACAUCUCAUGUUUCUACUUCUCAUAGUUGCUAUUCUUCCACCCUACCCUGUUGUGCGAAAUAACUUGAUACCUUAUUGGUAUGAGUGGCUUCUUCUUGUUUGGCUAAGUGGCCUCCUUCUAUUCGAAUUAACCAACCCUAGCGAUAAAUCAGGAUUAGGCUGGAUCAAGCUGUCUGUUCUUCUCCUCAGCAUAUUCGGUGUAGCAACACAUCUCAUUGGCAUACUCUUCGUAGAAAAAGCUAACUGGCCUACUCUAAUGUACUGUAGAAAUCAGCUGUUUGCUUUAUCAUUCGUUUUAGCAUGUGUACAGAUACUUGACUUCCUCUCAUUCCAUCAUCUUUUCGGACCCUGGGCCAUAAUCAUUGGAAAUCUAAUGAAGGAUUUGGCCAGAUUUCUAGCUGUUUUAGCUAUUUUCGUUUUCGGAUUUUCCAUGCAGUUUGUUGCUUUGAAUCAGUCUUUCAAUAAUUUGAAUCCAAAUCAAGUGAGGAGCCUUGCUAGACCUAGGAGGAUAGCCUUAUUCAGUGAUGUGAUAAUGAACCCACUUCUCGUCUUCGAACGGUUAUUUUUUGCUGUCUUUGGCCAAACAACAUACGACGAGCUAAUAAGAAGAGCUCCACCUAACGUUGCACCCUACAGACCUCUGUGGACCGAUAAUCUUUUCAAAAUUGUAUUUGGGAUCUACAUGUUGGUAUCAGUGGUAGUGCUGAUAAAUCUCCUGAUAGCCAUGAUGUCAGAUACUUAUCAGAGGAUUCAGGCCCAAUCUGAUAUCGAGUGGAAAUUUGGACUCAGUAAGUUGAUUCGAUCGAUGCAUAGAACGACUACAGCACCAAGUCCUAUAAACCUCAUAACUACAUGGCUGUUCUACCUUGUGGAUAUUUGCAAGCAGCGAAUGAGGAGAAAGAAACGCCAAAGUCUUGUACACUUGAUGGACUCGUUCAAGAAGCCCCAACACAUGAGUCCGAGAUCCAAAGCUGGUGCCAAAUGGCUGUCGAAGGUCAAAAAAGGUCAAGUUGCUCCGAAAGAAUCAGUGGCUCUUUCUGUUGCUCACAUGAGUCCCUUCGGUUCCCAACUGAGUUUGAACGUUACCACGACACGUAUUGAGCAUGUCACUGAUUGGGAAGCUAUUGCCAAAAGAUACAGAGCUCUAGUGGGCCAUAUAGAUGAAGUCAAGGAGCACACGCCCGAAAAUGAAGAUGAAGAAGACAGCGACAAUGAAGUUAUUAUACCAAAUAAUGUUGGUCCCCCAACGUGAAAAUCUAGAUGUCGAUGGUGCAAAGAAAAAGCGAAUUCUUUAUACUCAAUAAUAAUUCGUAUUUAAGUGAAUGAAUUGUAUUUCAGAGAGCUCCAAUAGUGUCUUUCUUUGAUUGAAUUUAUAUACAAAACCUG